AUGAAAGUUCUUGUAUUGGCUUCGGCACUGCUUGCUGCUGUGUAUGCAGCUCCUCAGGGGUACAGUCUGCAAAGACCAACUGGAUCUACCCUGUCUACCGGCCCCGGGCAGUCAACGGGGAGCGGACUUACUAUAGGAAGUGGUUCCGGGCAUGGUGUAGGAGUUGGUAUUGUUACUGGAUCUGGACAAGGCGCAGGAAUUUCAGUUGGCGGUACCGGGCAUGGUGUAGGAGGUGGCUUUUCCUCUGGAUCUGGUCAUGGGGUGGGAACUGGUAUUUCCGUCGGAGGGAGUGAAGGCGCUGGAAUUUUAGAACCAUGUGGAGAAGGACAAGUUCGACAUGUAGACGGAUCUUGCGUUACACCAGUCGUGAACAGAAAAGUAUUUGUCUUUGAUGUUCCUGAACAAAAAGGACCUAUUGGUCCUCCACCAAGCGUUCCUCCUCCACGAGUGGAUCAUAACAUUCUGUUCGUGCGACUUCCCGAAGAAGGAGAAGGACCUGAACCAAUCGUUAUUCCACCACCAAGACAGGAGAACAUCGUCUAUGUACUCAACAAGAAGGACGAACAGGCUCAGCGUGUCAUCGAAGUACCUGCCCAUCCUCCAUCUGAUCCUGAAAUCUACUUCGUCAAUUAUGAAGAGGGUGAGAACCCAACUCUACCCAUUGGUGUGGAUCUCAAUACUGCUCUUGGCUCAGCCGCUGAAGCUGGUGGACAAGUAAUUGGAGUCGCUGGAGGUGAUAGUGGUGAAGGCGCAGGAUUUGGAGUAGGUGGAGUAGUAGGAGGAAGUGGAUUUGGAACAGUCAGCGGGGGAUUGGGUGGAGCUGGUGCAGGCAGUGGAUUCGGCACUGUUAGCGGAGGAUUGGGUGGCGUUGGUACAGGCAGUGGAUUUGGAGCUGUUAGCGGUGGAUUAGGUGGAGCUGGCACAGGCAGUGGAUUCGGAAUUGUUAGCGGUGGAUUAGGUGGAGCUGGCGCAGGUAGUGGAUUUGGAGCAGUGAGCGGGGGUGUAGGAAGCUCUCCUUCUGGUUUAUAUACCACUCCCUAAAUGGACUACAAUGCCGCUUCCAUUUAACUUAUGAACAAAAAAGACAGUAUAAAGAUGUAAUAUAUUCCUUAAUAUAUGACAAG